GUUGCUAGGAAACCCCAAAACAAAAAAAAAAACCAAAAAAAAAAAAAACCCAAGCAGGAAACGGAUUAUAAAAUCCAAAUUUUGUUGUUAUAAACACUGCACUUCUCGUUUUCCUUCUAUUAUCAAAACAGUUGUGUGUAAAAGAAAAAAGGAACUCUACAAUGCUGGGAUCAUUUCCUGUUUCAUUUUUCAUUCUCUUUCUUGGGUCAGGGGCUUUUGUCCCUCGCUAAGAGUUGCUUUCAUCUCUGCGAAGGCCUGUUCUGAGUUUCCUACUUCUGGAUUGGUUGCGAUCCCUUUUACGGGUAUGCUUUGUUCUCUGUAAAACUUAGGUCAGUUGAGCAACAACAUGCUGCUACUGUUAAAAAAAAAAAAAAAAAGAGCUGAGUCAUGCUGGAGCCUUCUCCUGUGGCUGAUGCAAACCUGGAGAAUUUGCAUCAUCAUUUAGCCGGAUUAAGCUGGUGUGACAGGCAGGAGCUUAAAUACCAGCCCAUAAGGAAGGGGAACUGGUUUGUUAUGAUAGGGCGGCUGCGGCGGCCACAGCACAGAGGUAGUCGGAGGAGGUGGAGGAGGUGGAGGAGCCGGAGCCCCAAGAACACACAGGUGUUUCCGAGGAGUAAUCAGAUACCUGUGAAGGAGAAAAUACACCUCUGAGUUUUUACCUGUGAACACAAUUGCCCUGAGAGACAAUCAGAGAGCAAAGAGGAAGAGAUUAGUCAGUCACACCAAGAGACACCAAAGUUGAAAGUUUGAGUUUUUUCUUUUUCUUUGUCCCCCGUUCCCUUUUCCCCACCGUGUGUCACUACAAUGGUCAGAAAGCCUGUCGUGUCCACCAUCUCCAGUGGAGGUUACCUGCAGGGGACUGCUCGCGGGAGGCUGCCUUCCCUGGGGGGCAAGGAGCCCCCCGGGCAGGAGACAGUGGUGCUGAAGAAGAAGAUCACCUUGCUGAGGGGCAUCUCCAUCAUCAUUGGCACCAUCAUUGGCUCAGGAAUCUUCAUCUCUCCUAAGGGCGUGCUGCAGAACACCGGCAGCGUGGGCAUGUCCCUGAUUGUCUGGACGGUCUGUGGGGUCCUGUCCCUGUUUGGAGCCAUGUCCUAUGCUGAACUGGGAACCAGUAUAAAGAAAUCCGGUGGUCAUUACACAUAUAUUCUGGAAGUCUUCGGCCCAUUGCCAGCUUUCGUGCGAGUCUGGGUGGAACUGCUCAUAAUCCGCCCUGCGGCCACGGCUGUGAUAUCUCUGGCCUUCGGACGCUACAUCCUGGAGCCGUUUUUUAUUCAGUGUGAAAUUCCUGAGCUGGCCAUCAAGCUCAUGACCGCUGUGGGCAUCACUGUAGUGAUGGCCCUUAAUAGCACCAGUGUCAGCUGGAGUGCCCGGAUUCAGAUCUUCCUCACCUUUUGCAAGCUUGUAGCAAUCCUGAUCAUUAUAGUCCCUGGAGUCAUGCAGCUAUUCAGAGGCCAAACACAACACUUUAAAGACGCCUUUUCAGGAAGAGAUGCCAGUAUUAUGGGCCUGCCACUGGCUUUUUAUUAUGGAAUGUAUGCCUAUGCUGGCUGGUUUUAUCUCAACUUUGUUACUGAAGAAGUAGAAAAUCCUGAAAGAACCGUCCCCCUGGCCAUCUGCAUAUCCAUGGCCAUCGUCACCGUGGGCUACGUGCUGACAAACGUGGCCUACUUCACGACCAUCAGCGCGGAGGAGCUCCUGCAGUCUGACGCCGUGGCGGUGACCUUCGCUGAGCGGCUGCUGGGCAAUUUCUCCUUAGCAGUGCCCAUCUUUGUCGCCCUCACCUGCUUUGGCUCCAUGAAUGGUGGUGUGUUUGCUGUCUCCAGGUUAUUCUAUGUUGCGUCCCGAGAGGGUCACCUUCCGGAAAUCCUCUCCAUGAUUCAUGUCCGCAAGCACACUCCUCUGCCAGCUGUUAUUGUUUUGUACCCUCUGACGGUGGUGAUGCUCUUCUCCGCCGACCUCUACAGCCUCCUGAACUUCCUCAGUUUUGCCAGGUGGCUUUUCAUUGGGCUGGCGGUGGCCGGGCUGAUUUAUCUUCGCUACAAACGCCCAGAGAUGCACCGUCCUUUCAAGGUGCCGCUGUUCGUCCCGGCGCUGUUCUCCUUCACGUGUUUCUUCAUGGUCGCCCUUUCCCUCUACUCCGACCCGUUCAGCACGGGCAUCGGCUUCAUCAUCACGCUGACGGGGGUCCCUGCGUACUAUCUCUUCAUCAUCUGGGACAAGAAGCCCACGUGGUUUAGAAGAAUGUCCGGCAAGAUAACCAGAACAUUACAGAUAAUACUGGAAGUUGUACCAGAAGAAGCUUGUCAUAAAUUAUGAAUUUAUGCCUUUGAAAUCUUGACAAUCUGUCCUUGGCCUUGUUUCCGCCCAAAGGGCUGGAACAAAAUGUGGAAGUUCACUUCAUUUUAUGAAAACCCAGAGGAUUGCUACUUGGGUGAUGGACUAAAGGAUCAGUUAUUUCUAUUCAUAUCUUUUAGCAUAUUUAAACUGGUUUCUAAGAAAUGUAGCUUUAACUGCAUGUAGGUAUAGAAAGCCGAUAUGCAACUGUACCGUGAGUUCCCAUGAUUCUUGAGUCCUGACACCUGCCUGUCGAGGUGAGCGGAAAAGACUGUGGAAUGGACAAUUAAUUCAGUGGUCUUUCUCUAUAACAUACCACGGUGAAGAACCUUCAGAAACGAAGACUGAGAUGUUUUCUGUACAUAUGGGUUUUGUAAAAACAAUUUUUACAUUGUCGAGAUGACCAUACUGUGAAAAGUGUUUUCUGUUCACCUGGAGGUGGGGGAAAAAGCAUAUGUCAUCAUUACGGACAGAGGAAAGAAAGAAAUUUGUUUUACGUGGCAUUGCAUUGCUUCCCUAUAGAUACCAACUUAGGUAUCACUCACCUCCUAAGGGGUGAUUCUCAGAGCAUUUUGAACAAAGGACAGAGGGGAUAUGCCUACUUUUUAAUGAACACUUUAAAGAAGAGCUUCUAGGAGCUGUUGUUGAUGGGAAAAAUCCAGGAAUUAUGUUUAAGUAAGAACACUUGAGAAUUUAUUAUGUCAGAAUUUUUUUUCACUCGUCAUCAGAAAACUCCAAGGCUGGGUUUUGUGUUGUUUCUCACUGCAGCACGUUUGAUCGGGAAAGGGUGUGACCCCUUUCCUCCAGCAAAGCAACAACCAGUCCGGUAAGCACCGCCAUCUGUUUGAUGAAUAAUUUACCCUUGAUAAAUACAUCUAAAUACGUGCAUUUUCAAGUCUUCACAUUACAAUAUCAACAUAAGACAAAAAUCAUCAAGAAAGAAAGCACCCAAAAUAUUAUGUCCAACCCUGUGCUCAUGUGUCUGUGCAGUGACAGGUAUUCCGAACAGUUUUUUUCUUAUUUCCUAGUUAUUUUUACACGGUGAUGAAUUUUGACAGGUUGUACAUUUCCUUUACACAUUUUAUAUUCUGUUAAAAUAUCUCUUUGGAUAAAACUGUCCAGGUCCAUUAGGAAAAGACAUAUAUUUACAUAAAAAUUGGGGAAGAAAUGUCACUGCUAAAUAAGAUUCACAACUGAUGUUUCUAAAAAUUUUCCACCUCUGUAUCUAGGCUUUGCCAUUAAUUUCCUCACCAUAAUUAUCAUUCUACUUGCAAAAGAGAUAACUGAUGAAAAAUUCCCUAAAAGAAGUAGGCACUGUGUAUGCAUGUGUAUAUCCAGACAGGUGUUACACUAGGCUCAGAAAAUACUGUGCAGUUUUCUACUGAGGGUAGUAUCACGAUGAAAUUUGUUAUCUAUUUUUCACAUACAACUAAAGUUUAGUAGUUCAUCAUAACCAGAGUGUGUUUCAUCCUCUAACUUUUUUGUCCAUUUGAAAAAUAAGGAUUUUUGAAAGAAUUACACUGAUUAAAAUCAUCAGGAGAAGACACAGAGUUUAUAGACAGUUGGCCAAAGUGGUAAUGAUAAUUCAUAAUUUGAAGCGACUCCAAAUCACAAAUGUCAGUUUUUGCUCUUGAUAACAUUUACUAUAAAUCCAAGAUUGACCAUUUUUCAGCCAAACCUAGUGUUUGGGUCUUUAAGCAAAUUUGUAAAAGGUUUUCCUUUUUCUCUUACCAUAGGAAGUUUCCAAAUUUGAUCUGUGGUCCCUACUUCCUGUAUCCAUUUAUCCAUCUUGCUUCCCACCAUAUUGUUGCUGGGGGUAAAAAAUAAAUUUCCUUCACAUUCCUAUUUUUUUUUAAUCUAAACUAGAAAACUUCUUGAAUUUUUUUUUUGUGUGUGUGUGUAAGGAUUAAAAAAAGUAAGUCACAUGGAGAGGUUUGUGUGGUGCUGGGCGAUUCCUGAGGUUGACGUGCUAAUGUCCACGGAGGUGUCUGCGCUUUAUUUAUUUGCUUAUUUUGGGUACUGGCUUGUCUUCUAAUAGAUCAUUGUCCAGGCAAGGUAGAAUACAUAUUCACUAUUUUUCCCAUCAUUAUCAAAACGAUUUUUCACUAUUGAAGUGCUGAUACUGUUGUAAUACCAUUUUACCCAAACAGAAGAUCAGCCAGUAAUUUUUAAAGGAAGUAAUGGAGACUAAGUCAUACUUUAUUUUGGGGGCGCAUCAUGACAAGACGCAGGGCUUCUGUAGUCAGAGAAUCAGCAUCUGUAAUUGUUCUUCAGGAUGGCAUCAUGUCGAAAUGAUCACUGACCCCAGACCGCAAACAUGCUAGGCGUGUGCGUGCACACAUGUGCUGCGCCAGCACCGUAUCCCCGCCAGCGCGGCUGGCGCAGACUUAGGGCAGGCUGUCAGGGUACGUCAGAAGUGCGUGCCCUGACGCUGAAAUAACUGUUGAAACAGGUUUCCAGAUUGUCUUAUGUGUCUGGUGAAGUGUUUCCCCAGUUGCUAUUUGACACACCAGCAGAAGGUUAACAUGAGUGUCGUUACGUCCCUCAGCAGAAUUCCUCUUGGAUGGUGGUCAGUCUUCAGGAAACUUCAGUUUUAUCUGUUUUUACAUGUAUUUGAAGGUAAAUGUAAUGAUAACUAGGAAAGGGAACAUCUUUGACCUACAGUUGGUUUGUUAGGAUUAGGUAGGUUAUGAGAGGAUGGGAAACCAAAGAUCCGAGGAGCAGGAAACGCAAGGAGUGUGUGUUUGGAGGAAACAAGAUUUCGGGUGUAACUUGCUGUGCAGUGUAGUCGGAGAGAUACUAAAAAUGAGUCGCCUGCCGCGCAAGGGUGGCUGUCUGAACAAGCCAGUGACACGCAGGCUUCGGUGCUGCUCGCCUAGACGUGCUCCUUCCAAGGUCCUGGACCCGACUUUGCAUUAGGGAUUGUGUGUUCAUUUUCUUGAAGAAAAGCAGCAAAAUUAUAGAUACUUCUGGCCCUACGUAAUCAAAUACCACUUUGAGUAGGGUAAAACAUUUCCAUUACUCUUUCUAUUAGAAAUAAGCUUGGGGUAUAUUUGUGUGUGUGUACACAAACACACACACACACACACACAAUAUAUAUAUAGAGAGAGAGAUCCCAGCACAAAUAAUGCCCCCU